ACGCAAUACUCUGCUUUAACCCGGCCUCUCUCCGAGUUCGCCGUGCGGCUGAUUCUAGGCUGGGCCUCACGCGGCGAUCAGGACACUGGGGCGGCCAAGCCACGAUGCCCAGUGAAACUCUCUGGGAAAUUGCAAAAGCUGAAGUGGAAGAACGGAGAAGUGGUGGAAGUGAAAGUGAUGGAGUUGAAAUUGGAGAAAAGUCUGUUUUCUUCAUUGGCAGUAAAAAUGGGGGAAAGACUACUAUUAUUCUAAGGUGUCUUGACAGGGAUGAGCCACCAAAACCAACCUUAGCUUUGGAAUAUACAUAUGGAAGAAGAGCAAAAGGACAUAACAUACCAAAAGAUAUUGCUCACUUUUGGGAGCUAGGUGGAGGAACAUCUUUACUGGAUUUAAUCAGCAUACCAAUCACAAGUGACACCUUACGGACGUUUUCUAUUGUCCUUGUUUUGGAUCUUUCAAAACCUAAUGACCUUUGGCCCACCAUGGAAAAUCUGUUGCAAGCCACAAAACUGAACGUAGAUAAAGUGAUAAUGAAACUGGGGAAGAAGAAUUCUAAAGCAGCUUCUGAAAUGAGACAGAAGAUGUGGAGCAACAUGCAGAAGGACCAUCCAGAUCGUGAAUUAAUUGACCCAUUUCCAAUUCCUCUGGUCAUAAUCGGAAGUAAAUACGAUAUUUUUCAGGAUUUUGACUCUGAGAAGAGGAAGGUAAUAUGCAAGACACUUCGAUUUGUUGCACAUUAUUACGGAGCAUCAUUAAUGUUUACCAGUAAAUCAGAAGCUCUAUUACUAAAGAUACGUGGAGUUAUUAACCAGUUGGCAUUUGGCAUCAACAAAAGCAAAUCAAUAUGUGUGGAUCAGAAUAAACCUCUGUUUAUCACAGCAGGAUUGGAUUCUUUAAGUCAGAUAGGAUCCCCGCCUCUUCCUGAUAAUGACAUUGGAAAGUUUCAUGCCCGUUCACCAAUGGAUCUGUGGAAAAAAGUGUAUGAAAAGCUCUUUCCACCAAAGAGUAUCAACACACUAAAAGAUGUCAAGGACCCUGCACAAGACCCUCAGUAUGCUGAAAGUGAAGUUGAUGAGAUGAGAAUUCAGAAGGAUCAGGAACUGGAACAGUACAAAAGAAGUUCUUCCAAGUCUUGGAAACAAAUUGAGCUUGAUUCCUGAACCUAAUUCAACUGUAAUGUAACCUAUUUCUUCUUUUCCAAAUACAAGUACUAUUUUAUUAGUUAAUAUUACAGUAAUAAGGGAGGAAAAUUUAGAUGUGUAAUUUAUUAAAGGAAAAGUGGAAUUGUUUGUCUUGGUGCAACUCCUGAGAUCCUUUCAAGUCUCUUAAUAAAAUUGUAUAAUUACAUGUAAUAUUUUUUAAAUAAAAAGAAUCUUUCAGGACCUACCU